UCUAACUCUAUUUAUUUCAGAUUUCAACACCUCAGUUUCCACACUGCGUCGUCAGUCGUCACCCAUUGCAAGACAUUUGUUCCAUUCUCUCAAUCUCCAUUGCUUAACUCUCACUUCCUCUUCUACUUCUGUUAACCAGAAGAAGAAGUAGAAUAAGACAGAUUGUAUCGAAGAUGACUAUCGCCACAGCUGCUCAGCCUGUUUCUGUCGACAGCAGAACUCUCAUAGUGGGUGCAGCUGGUUUUAUCGGCCGAUUCGUCACAGAAGCUUGUUUGGAGACCGGCCGAACUACCUAUGUCCUUGUCCGGUCAGCUAAGACCACUUCUUCUAAUGCACAAACCAUUAAAGCCCUCCACGAUAAAGGAGCUAUUAUCGUUCAUGGGUCGAUCAACGACCAAGAAUUCAUGGAGAGGCUGCUGAGGGAAAACAAGAUCGAUGUGGUGAUAUCAGCCGUUGGUGGGGAGAGCAUCCUACCGCAGCUUAACCUAAUCGACGCCAUCAAAGCCGUCGGCACUGUUAAGAGAUUUCUGCCGUCGGAGUUCGGGCAUGACAUUGAUAGGGCAGAUCCAGUGGAGCCAGGGCUAACUAUGUACAAACAGAAGCGUUGGGUUAGAAGGGCCAUCGAGGAAGCUCGUAUACCUUUCACCUACAUCUGCUGCAACUCCGUCGCUGCCUGGCCUUACCACGACAACACUCACCCGUCAGAGGUGCUUCCACCGUUGGAUCGUUUCCAAAUCUACGGUGAUGGCAGUGUCAAAGCUUACUUCGUGGCGGGUACGGACAUCGGAAAAUUCACGAUGAAAGCGGUGGACGACGAGAGAACAGUAAACAAAUCCGUGCAUUUCCGACCGGCCACGAACUUUCUCAACAUAAACGAACUUGCUUCCUUGUGGGAGAAGAAGAUUGGCCGCACACUCCCUCGUGAAACCGUUACAGAGGAAGAUCUUCUCGUUGCUGCCGCAGAGAAUGUAAUCCCGCGAAGCGUGGUGGCCUCCUUCACUCACGACAUAUUCAUAAAGGGAUGCCAGACCAAUUUCCCCAUUGAUGGACAAAACGAUCUAGAAACAAGUUCUCUCUAUCCCGACACCCCUUUCCGCUCCAUGGCCGAUUGCUUCGACGAUUUCGCUGCUAUUGCCACCGCCAGAGUUGAAGAAUCCGCCGUGAAAGAGGAGCUGCCGGUGGCCGGCGAAGCUGCCCAAGGCGAAUUUGUGAUGAGGAUCGAUCAACAGCAACAGCAGCAGGUAGUGGGUGAGGCGCCAAAUCCUAUGGUAGAAGUUUUUGCAAUCACUGCCUCAUGUGCUUAAUCCCAUGAUUUCCGUCAGCCAUUUGAUUAUUGGGUUUGCCCUUCCAUGGCUGAUGAUAAUCAAAUUCGUGAUUUUCUUGUAUUAAAAAAUAAUUCUUGGUCAGUCGGUUGGGUGAGAAACAGUCAAAUAUUGGAAGAUUUGUUAGUAAAUUCGUAUGAAUUUGGAGAUGGGAACACCAUCCCGGUGGUUAGGUGUAAUUACUGUGCUCAUUGGAAUAUCUUAUUUGUGUAGUGGGAACUAUUUUUACUUCAUUCCAGAAAAAAAUAAAAGAAGAUCUACUUUUAGUACCA